UGCUGGUUGGGCAACUGGCGAGUGAACAUUAGAAUUGAGUGGCUGCUCUCCCGUUCUCUCUCGCCUUUUCUGGCCUCUUUCUUGCUCGAUCACAGUUGUGGCUUCCCUUGGUGGAUGGCGUGUUGGUCGCUGUUUUGGGGCCGUGUUCUGAGUGCGUCGGACUGAGUGAUCCCAGCGGCCAGUCGGUGGCCCUUCUUCUCCGGUUUGAAAUCACCAAUUCAUGGGUGAACAACGAUUCGGUCAACCCCACCGAGCCUGUCCAUGUUUGUGGGUCUGUCGGUUGGCGGGUUAAGGUGACCGUGAGAGGGCCAGACAUGUGUUAGACCGGGCGGCCGGACUCCGACCGUGUGUUUUGUGGGGCCUCAGUGCGAUCCCGGGUGUGUUCCCACGCCCUGUGACCUUGAUGACCGUGAUUCCGUCGAUGAACGGAGUGCCAGCCUAGGUCGAGCCUUUUCACGUCGUACUUCCCGUCAAACGGGGCAAGAUAGACCUUGGGCCGGACAUUCUGCCCGCCUGAUUGGGUAUUGAGUGCCCGCAGCUAAGCCCCGAUUGUGCUGCCGUGGGACCAGCGUGAUCGCCCUGGCGAACCCGUCCAUUCUCCAACGAAUCCGGCGCCCAGGCCUUGACAUCCCGUGAGGGCGUUUAUUUGUGCUGUGCAGUGCCCAUUCAUUUACCGUUCGUAUCCUUCUGCAUUUUCAUCGACCUCAUCAUGUUUGGUGGGCCCAGUCGUCAUCCGGUGGGACCCAAUCCGUUCCCAGGUGGCAUUCCCCCCGGCAUGUCAUUGCCCCCGGGCCUAAACCCGGGUGGCCCUAGAAUCGAUAUGCCACCUAACGGUGGCAUGCCCCCACACAACCCUCGAGACCAUCCCGGUCAAGGCAUGAACAACGACAAGGUACAUCAUAAAGGUGGCCCUGGAGGAGGUCAGAUGAAGUUGGGAAUAGCUGAAACCUGUGAACGAAUCAAAGAGGAAUUCAAUUUCAUCCAAAACCAAUACCACAGUCUGAAAUUGGAGUGCGAAAAACUUGCCCAAGAGAAAACCGAAAUGCAACGCCAUUAUGUCAUGUAUUAUGAAAUGUCCUAUGGCCUUAACGUGGAAAUGCACAAACAAACUGAAAUCGGAAAGCGAUUGGACGCAAUCUUACGACAAGUGCUACCGUUCCUUUCAGCUGAAGUGUUCCAGCAUCAACAACAGGUGGCCAUGGCAGUAGAAAGAGCCAAACAGAUCACCAUGGCAGAGCUAAAUGCAGCUAUGCAGCAGCAAGCUGCAGCAGGGAGUGGAUUACCGGGAAUGCCACCGGGAAUGCCUCCUCCUGGAACCCCGGGAUUACCUCCCGGAUUGGGAGGCAUGCCAGGUGUCCCGCCCUCUUCAAUGGCCGGUGGCCUACUCUCACUCGCCGGUCAUCCAGCCGCAGCUGCGGCGGCUGCCGCCAGUGCGGCCGUAUCCUCCGCCGCAGGCAUUCAUCCCCUCAUGCACAGAGCCAGCUUAGGAGGGCAUGAUGUAAAGGAGGAAAAGCCCUCACUGAAUGCCAUGGAGGAACGUAUGAAACAUUCAGCCUCAGCGUCCCCUCGACCCCACCGGGAUACAGCCAGUGUGAGCAGUAGCCGCGCCCGCUCCCCUCGAUCUCCAGUCCGAGCCUCCACGCCCAACGAUGAUGGCCAUGGUCCCGGGAAACGCAUCAAAACAGAGGACCAUUCCCGGAAAUCUGGCCAUGAAUCUGACAGCGGCGACAAAAGUGAUGGAGAUCUCGUGGUAGAUGUGGGUAAUGAAGACGAACCCCCACGAUCCAAUGGUGACCACCGUGUUGAGAAUGGUCCUUCCUCUGGCAGGAAUGAGAGACCGUCAUCCAAUCUUUCAUCGUCGUCGCGAUCUACUCCAUCCCUGAAGCCCAAAGAAGGAGCGAGCAAUUCUGACAAACCUGGAACACCUUCUGGAUCCAAACCUCCAACGCCUAACGGACAAGCUCCUAUGGCCAACGGCAAACCGCCUACACCCGGGGUUUUUGGUCAAGGGUUUCCCCCCAGACCUCCUGGAGAUCUGGGUGGGUUUCCGUAUCAAAAUGGAAUUCCCCCUGUAGGACUACCUGGAGCCUUUGGUCCCAGACCCGCUUUGCCUGAUAUUGGAGCCCCAAGAAUGCCCGGCAAUGGCGGAGCCAACGGGUCUCUUAAUGGCAUUUCUUCCAACGGUACCAACGGCAAACCAGCAUACUCGUUUCAUGUUGGAACUGACAACCACCUGCAACCCGUAAGCUUUCCCCACGACGCACUCACAGCCCAAGGCAUUCCAAGACACGCCCGUCAGAUUAAUACCUUACAGCACGGAGAAGUGGUGUGUGCCGUCACCAUGAGUAAUCCCACCAAGUAUGUCUACACGGGCGGAAAAGGUUGCGUUAAGGUCUGGGAUGUGACACAGCCAGGCAAUAAGACUCCCAUCUCACAACUUGACUGUCUUCAACGGGACAAUUAUAUUCGUUCCAUCAAACUUCUUCCGGAUGGUCGCACCCUAGUUGUGGGCGGCGAAGCCAGUACCCUUUCCAUCUGGGACUUGGCUGCCCCCACUCCACGAAUCAAGGCUGAGCUCACCUCCGGGGCACCUGCCUGCUAUGCACUGGCCAUUAGCCCAGACUCGAAGGUGUGCUUCAGUUGCUGCAGUGAUGGUAACAUCGCUGUUUGGGAUUUGCACAACCAAACGCUGGUCAGGCAAUUCCAAGGUCACACGGAUGGAGCCAGCUGCAUCGACAUAUCCGCUGAUGGAACAAAACUGUGGACGGGAGGCCUGGACAAUACGGUACGAUCUUGGGAUCUGCGCGAAGGUCGCCAACUCCAGCAACACGACUUCUCCUCCCAGAUCUUUUGCUUGGGCUAUUGCCCUACGGGGGAUUGGCUAGCCGUUGGCAUGGAGAGCUCGAACGUGGAAGUUCUUCAUUGCUCCAAACCGGACAAGUACCAGCUUCACCUGCAUGAAAGUUGUGUGUUGUCCCUAAAAUUCGCACACUCGGGGAAAUGGUUUGCCUCCACCGGAAAAGAUAACCUAUUAAACGCAUGGCGAACACCAUAUGGAGCAUCCAUAUUCGUCUCCAAGGAGACAUCCUCAGUUUUAAGUUGUGACAUCUCAUCUGAUGACAAGUUUAUCGUGACUGGCUCCGGAGACAAGAAGGCCACCGUUUACGAGGUGAUCUACUAAUCCGAAAUUAGUGGAUGAACGCUUGAAGAAAUGGAAAUACUCCCUCAAAAAGUUGUUGAAACAACAACAAUGCCAAGAACAACAGCAGCAUCAAUAUUAACAAGCACAACAACAGCCCCAUGAUAUUAUAGCUAUUAUUUCACUCGAGCGCGCCAGGUGGAGAUUUGACCCCAGGACUGACACUGUGCAACAGCAGCCUUUUUCUCAGAUAAUGUACUACUGCUUUUGAGUGCCAGUUUAACUCAAUUCGUCGUCUUAAAGUUCGUCUGUGGGAACAUGGAAUCACAUUUUGAAGUGACCCAUGCCCCCAGCAGUCCCCUAUUGGCACACAAAGCAAAUCUGGAUCAUAAAAAUGUCCUAUUAUUAGUACCGGUAUCAUUACUAUGAUUUGCAAAAAAAUAAUGAUAGUACAAGUUACUGCUGCUACUCUUACCAUAUUAUUCUCCAACUUCAACUGCUGUUGUUACUACUUUUAUCAUCAUUCAUUAUUACCACUCUUUCCUGCCCCUCGCCCUCUACGCAAAAAAUCACGCUUAGUCUAAAAUGGACAACUUGAACAACAUGAACCGUAGAAAUUCAUUCUCCUAUGCAUUUUGAGGAUAGCGCGACGAGUGGAAUGCCCCCAAAACAAUGUCUCUCGCUCACCUCUGCAUAGUUGUGCCAAUGAUUACACAAAAAGAUGAUAAUAAAUGACAAUUCAUUAUUUCUUGGCUGA